AUGGAAAAUGUGUGUAAGGAACUAGGAAAAACGGACUUGUUCACCAUAGACACUAUACUUAGCAAAUACGAGAAGUAUGCAAAUGGAGAAAUACGAAAUGAGGAGUUGAGGAGGUACAUAGAGAGGUUUAUGUUCCAGUAUAACUGUUUAGAUGAAUGUGAAAGGAAAUUAAUUGAAAUCAUAAAAAGGUGUGAACAUUUUGAGUGUAAAAAUUUUCAAGCCCAUUAUCUGUUGAUAACAAGUAUAGUAAAGGAAAUAUGCCACAUGGAAUUGAUCCCAAUAAUAUACAACGAAAUAUUAGAAGAGAGAAAUGCAAAAAACGAAGUGUGCUACCUGAGUAGGGAAUACUACUUAGACGUAGAGAAUCAGAAAGAUGCAGAGGAGAACUUUAAAGCCAUCUGUGAAAGGGUUUAUAAAAAAUACAUCCUUGUGUUUAUUAAGCUCUUGUAUUAUUCAUGCAAUUUGCCACCACAUUUGUUGAACAAUUUAAUAAGCGCCCUUUCCUGUAUGUGCAUAUUAAUAUCCAAGUAUGAUACAUUUAGAGAACCAAAUGAGAAAUUCUCAGAACUUAUAUAUAGAAUAUUUUGGAAUUAUUUCUCCAGAAGUUUUCAUUUCCAACAUGAAAAUUAUAUUAGCCUUGAGAAAAAUGAGGAGGAGGAGGAAGAGGAUGACACAUCGUCUUCCUACUACAGUGAAUUACUAAAUGAGGAUAGCUGCUUUCCCUACCAUAAUGCACAUAAUAUUUUUAGCGAUAAGGGGAGAGAUAACUCAACGAAUGAAUCUUCUUCUGCGCCAGCACCUGCGACUGAUCCUGUGACUGCUCCCGUGGCUGUGUCCGCUUCGGCUGAAAGGGAGAGCAAUAAUUUGCAGAAAAGAAGAAAAAGGAGAGAAAGAAAAAUUCUCGAAAAGUCGAAAGAUGCAAAGGGGGAAAGGUGUGUGAAUGAACAAGUAGGAGAAAAUUUCAAGAAAACGGACGACCCGUUUUUUGCAGGGCACAUUCUGCCAGAGGGUGAUACACCUCGUGGGCAGAAGCAACAGGGGAAUCCGCAACAUGGGGGUGAUGACACCGUACCGAGUGUGAACUCCCCUGAAGGCUGCUUUCCCAUAGAAAAAUGUGCCAAUUGUGAAAUUGAAAACGCAGGUGAAGACCACGCCAGUACUGUGCAGUCGAGCGAAACCUACACGAAGGUGAAUAAGCGACUGCGUGCACACAGGGGUGAAAAAGAGAACAAGAAAUUAAAAAGGGAUAAUGAGGGGGUGCAAUUAGCCAACUCCUCCACCUUGCCAAAUGCGGAAUGUAAAGGAAGUAGGGAGAACAAUGUGGUCGGUAGCAGAAGUGACGACAACAUAAGUAGUAAACACACCAAGGAAUUCCAAGUAGUGCAGGAUGCACAUGCACUGAUAGAGGGCGAGAGGAAAGAUGUCGGUGCUGUGCCCUCUUCUUGUUCAUCUCUGUAUUGCGGUGAUGAAGAGGUGACCGGAAGGGGCCCAACAAGGGGGGAUACAAUUGGAAAUGCAGGUGGAUACACCGGGGGGUACACAAGUGAGUACCCAAUCGAUCAUCCUGCAGGCCUUCACGCCGAACAUCCCACGGAAGAGACCACCCAGAGGAAUGAAUCCUAUCAAAUCGAACAGGAACUAAAGCACGAAAACAUUAUGUUCGUGAAUGUCCUUCUAAAUGUGUACGUAAGUUUAUUUAACACGAGAAGUAAGAAGAACUUUUUGUUCUAUCGUGACAAUCAGGUGGCAUACAACGAGUUCCUACUGGACAACGUUGAAAUUGUGAUUGAGCAGAUGAGGAGCAUGCUAAACAAGAUCAGAUACAACUUGAGUGAAUCCAUAAUUUAUUUUUUGAAAUUGGAAUUUUUAAUUCUACUGUUCUUGAAUAAGAUUGCCAAGAGAAACUCGGAAGGUGGCAACGAGGAGAAGUCUGGCGAAAAAUUGAACAAGGGGAGCGAAAAGGUUCAGGGUUUAAGGUUCAAUCAGCAGGGAAUUAGCACAGGUGGAUACGUGAACAGAGAUAGCUAUGCCAGUGGUCACAACUACGCGAAUGGCCACGGGUAUGAUAACAAUGUUGGAAGAUACUUCGGUGGUAGCCAUUCCCAGAACGGGAACUGCAACCCGAACGGUGUCCAUAACGGUUUCCAUAACGGUUUCCAUAAAGGUUUCCAGAACGACUUUCGGAGCGGUUACCCGAACGUCCAGGAGUCGGAUUUGUUCCCCAUGUGGAGAAGGAACGAAUCCGCGGAGGAGAGAAAAAUUCAUGUCGACCCUCUAAGUAACAGAAACGUGGUGAACAAUGUGGACACAGCAUCUGUGCGAAGUAGCAUCGGUGGGUUCAGGAGUGCCUACGGCAACAUUGCAGGUUGCGACCUCGGCAUUAAUCACGCAUUGCAGGAAAGUGUAAUGAGUGGUACAGGCGGAGGAAGCGACAUUGGCAAUGGUAGCCUCUACCCAAACAGCCCCAGUGCCACGUAUGUAGAUGGUAGUAAUAGCACGCCCACUAUCGAUAACAACAUGAAUGAAAACAACAUCGAUAUUGGUAACUUUUGUGAAAAUUCAAGUGGAGAUUAUAACUGCGCUAUUACGCGUAGAAACCCACAAUGUAACUACAUGGGCUCCAACAACAAGUACAGUGGUGCGUAUAAAGCAACUAAGAGUGGAAGUCCAGAUAAAGUAACAAUGUCACGUAGGUAUACAGCCUCAUGUGGAAACAAAAAUGGUAUUCUAAAUGCUACUAAUGAUGCCUCUGUACGUGCCAAUAACGAGGCGACUACACAUUUCAGCAGGGAUGCCCCCAAAAGUGGCAGUCCAGAUAGGCUAAUAAACUAUGAAACGUACAGUAAUGUAAAUCCCAGGUGUUGUAAUGAUAAUCGUGAGGGGUAUUGUAGCAUCCCCAACAACAGCACAUAUAGUGCAUACUAUGGUAAAAACAACGAAAAAAGUAUUACACUGGGAAAGGGCUCUCAUAGCGAGAAUAAGGUGGAGAGCGAUCAAGCCAGUAGCCACUACGCGCAGGGCAUUCUUAACAAUAAGGACGCGGCCACAGGAAUGAACAAAAUCUUUUUGAGUAACAUGAAGAACAACCUGUUUGCCAACAUGGUUGGAGGUAGUCCAGAUGUUGGUGUAGGGAAUCAGGACAUGGUUGGCGUUGUACCCCCUGGGCAGAGCUACCCAUACGAUGGAAGUAUUUUUCCCUUUUGUAGCAAGAAUAAGGAGGACUUGGGGGUCACGUGGAAUGGUCAGGAGGAAAUGGACGGAGAGGAAGGAGCCCAAGAUGUGGAGAUGGUAGAUGAGGAUGAUGAGGAAGAAAGAAGGAGAAGAAAAAGAGAAAUUGAAGUAGAGUGGGAAGGAGAACUUAUUGCAGGAAACGAAUUCCCAACCGAGUACGUAAUUUUAAAUCAUGAUUUUCUCAAGAGAUGCGUAAAAAAAAGUACAUUUGAAAUUGUGAAGGAUAUUAUAAAUAACUUCUAUAGUAAUAGCUUCUUAGAGAUGCUGGACAUCCUCAUAAAGUGUGUAGAAGUGAAUUUCAAAGAUGACAAUCUUACCUUAAUUAAUCGAAUUUUUUGGUGCAUGUUGAAAGGCAUAAAAUAUUGCAACGAAAUGAACAAGUACAAAAUUUAUAUGUUCAUUUUGAGCAAAAUAGACAAGCUAAUUAAGAGUAAAAGAUAUGAAGAGAAUAACUCUACUUUGAACAAUUACAGCUGCUAUUUUUUGCUGAAUUUAAUUUUUAAUUUGUUUAAGAGGGACAAGAGGAGGAAAAGAAGAAACAUAUGGUACUUUUUGUUCGAGGUGCAUGUAAAUAAAAUGAGAAGGAAGAAGAAUAGUAUGAAGGUGAACGGGACGAGGGGGGAUGAACAACACAUUGGGAAUAUACACCCACUUCAUAAUACGCUUGACGUGAAUGAUUAUAUAAAAAAGAAUAAAAGUAAGAAUAACGAAGUGGUUACAAAAAUGCUGAUAUCGUCUUUGAUAAAAAGUAAUGAUAAAAAUAAGCAUAUCAGGAUGGAUCAAGUGAAAAGCAACAGCGUAAACGCUUCGGAAAAUGAAAAAGAUUUCAUGUCCUUAUGUGAUGGGAAGAACUUUCUAAUAAAUAAUAUAAUAAAAUUUUUGUUGGAAUGUUGUAUUAGCAAAGGGUGCAUUGUGAGAUUUAAGAGUCUCCGAAUAUUUUACAUGAUGACUAUUCUGUUUAUCGAAUUUAUCAAAGACAGAUCGUUAAGCUACGAAGAGAAAUUGCUUAAAAAUUAUAUAAUUAAAUCGAUUUAUCAGAAUUUCUUUCUUUGUAUUUUUAACAUUUUAAAAGAACCAGAAACGAACAUUUUUAUUUAUAUGAAGUUUCGAAAUUUGUGUCUGAGUUUGUUAUUCAUUUGCUCCAAAAUUCUCUCACCCACUUUUUUGAAUGAGUUUUACGAUAAGGUUGUUUCUUACCAGCUCUGCAGCGUUGAUAAUUUUUACACAUUGAAGGAGAGUGCUUGCCUGACUGAUAAAAACGGCCAGCACUAUGAUGACAACAUGUUGAAGGCUAUUUACUCCAUGUUCCUAAGUAAUGCCAAGGAUAUCUACCUCUUCGCCUUCUUGAUGCUUUUUAGAAAUUGCAGAAAUAUUAUGAACUUGAAAAUUUUGAAGGUCAUUUUGAAGGUGUCGGAGGAGGAGGUUAAGGUGAUAUUGGGAAAUUUGGUGUCGCAGCGUGAAGGGGAUGGUUCCGAGAGGCAGAACAGGCAGAGCAGGAAGGACACACAGGGGAGGAAGGAUAGGGGAGGAUCGACUAACGGUUCCAUUAGUGGGCAUGUUAGCGGCAAGGAUAGCGCCACGGUUAGCGGUGCUGUGAGCGAUGAUAUGAUCUUGUUGCCCGUAGAUGGGACUGCUGAUUUGACGGUCGAUCAGGAAGGGGAACUGCAAAACGGUCUACCGAGCGAGGCGCAGAACGUUGGGGGAGGCCAUUUAGACGGGAAGGAAUCGAAUAACCUAAGGAGGAGAAAAGAAAGCAACAAAGUAGAAUUGUUUCAAGUAAAAAACAUAAAGAUGAACGAUUUUCUCACCAACGAGAUGCAAAUAAAACUGAAAAUAAAGGAUCAGAAUGAAGAGGAGAAGAAACAAACGACAUACAAAAAUUUAUAUUUUAUCAACAUAUUCUACAUCACAGAAUUAAAAAAAAUUCACAUAUAUGAAAAUAAUUUUAUCUACUACAUGUUUAAUUGUGUUUUCUGCUUUCUGAAUAUAUAUAUAAAUCGGUUCACAUUUUUCUUUUACUUUAUUAAAAAUGAGAGCUACCAUCACAACAGUUACUUUGGUCAUUCCUUCAAGAGUAAUAGAAGCAACACUGGCAACAAGGAUGCUGAGGAAUCGGGGCAAAUGAAUGAACAAAAGUAUGUGUUGGAGUUUAUCCAGGAAAUGUUGACUUUGUUGAGAAAUUUCAUACACAUUGUUACGAUGAUGGAGGAAAAUUUAAUAAGUGUAAAUAUAGAAAGUUUGGUGAAGAAGAAAACGAGAGGAAGCGAAUUGACAAAUAUACGAAGCCUCAAACGAUUGGUUAUACUGGAAUUACAGAAGUUUUAUUUCAUUUUUGUGAAGCUAUUAAAAGUUCUUUUCUUGCUAAACAGAAUAAAUGGUUACUGUGUAACCCCUUUUGAGUUUUUCUUUUUUAAGCUGGUGCAGUCGCUAGACAAUGAACUCAUAGGGGUUAACACGAAAAGGCAUAUUUUGAAAUUUUUAAAAUAUUUUUCCUACAAAAAAAAGUUCAAGGAUACCAUCAUUAGCAGGAUUAACCAUUUUUAUUCUAAGGUGAGAAGCAAGAAGAAGAAAAUCUCUGAUAUUUUUUCGAAAAAGGAAUGUAAAGGGCAAGAUCUGUCUUUCUCUUCCAUCAGAGGGCAUGACAUUUUUACUUCUAACCCCCCCUACAUGGAUGAUCGAAAAGGGGAAAUAAAUGACAUCCUCGGGAAGGGACACAAUCAUCUGUAUGGUUACGACAAUUCUUUCAAAGCGGAAGGGGAAGAGGACGAGAAGGUAGAGGAAUCCCACUUGCAUGAAAACCAGCGAGUGAAGGGAACAACGGGGCUACUCCCCCCGGAAAAGGAAGAAUCGCCCCCACAGGCGGAGCAAUUGGAGACUCCACUGCUACCACCCGAAGCGGUUAACCAAAACGAGAAAAGGAAGUCGACCAGGAAGAAAUCUGGCAACAAUAGCCGAAGGAGCAGGAGCAACGUGAAGAAGGGGCAAGCUGGGAAGAACAAUUCGGAGGAGGUCAUCGCAGCUCCCAUAGAAGCGGUGCCCAAGGGAGAAGAUCUCAAUGCCAAUAAUAACGGUGCAGGCGAAGAUGGAAAAACGGAAAGCCAAGGAGGCAACGCCACCGGCGAUAACGUCACCGCGGAGGGAGCGGACAAAGCGGUACCCAACACUUGUGCAAACGAUUCAAACGCGAAUACAGGCGCGAAUACAACCGCCAGUAGAAGCAGAAGGAGGAAAUGCAGUAUCACGAAGAAGGACGAAACAAAGAUCGAUACUGAUCCGAACCUCUUGAUCUGUACAGAGCAGUUGAAUCAGGAUGAGAAGGAAUGGGAUUCUACGAAAAAUUGCAAAAUAGAAAGUGAAGUAAAAGUGGAAGAGCAAGCAGAGGUGGAAAAUCCAGUGAGUAAUACCCCAGAGCAGGAAACUAGGAGAAGCAGAUAUGGUAGAAAAAGUGGCGUUAACACAAAGGAUAAAAAUUUUAGCAUGUUGAUUGAAGAGGAACAUGAGCAGAAGAGGAAAAGCAGGCGAAUGAGCAGGAGUAAGAAUUCAAGUGCAGGGGAUAGGAAAGGUAGAAGCGGUGUCAAGAAGGAGGAAGAAGCACCCCCCGGAAGUGAGUUUCUGGGCGCUAUUCCUGGAGGUGUUCCGAGCGAGAAUCCCCCCCAAAUGGAAAGCGACAAAAGAUGUGCUGAUAAUGAUAAUGAUAACAAUAAUAAAAAUAAAAACAAAAAUAAUAAAAAUAAAGAUAAUAAUGAUAAUAAUAAUAAUAAUGAUAAUAAUAAUAAUAAUAAUGAGAAGGAUCCUGCGAAUGUAACGACAGAUGGCUUCUUCCCCGAAGAGGGCGCAACUCAGAAAAGAGAAACAGGCGAAAUUUUGGCAGAUAGGAAAAACGACUCAAGGGCGAACAAAUCCAAAGCGAAUGGAGGAGAAAAAAAUUUGGAACAUACAAAUGAGAAAAGCACAAACUUAAAAAUUGUCCAGAACUGUAAUAGCAACAUGAUAAGCGAGAUGGACAGGUUAAAUUACUUUAGGAAAUACACCGCUAUUAGCAGCCACAAAGAUUACAAGGUGGAAAAAUUUUUCUACGAGAAUUUAGAGCUAUUCCUAGUAAGCAUAUUCAUAUUUGAAAAGAACACCAAAUUGAACACCACGAAUUUUUUUUUGGAAAACUUGGAAAAAAUAAAUGAAGUAAUUGAAUUCUGUAAAGGGCAUCACAUCGAUAGAGGAGUAGAAAAAAUUGUAAAUCAUUUAUUUGCUUAUUUAUGUGAAAUAAAAAACAACAAAAAGUAUAUCCACGGAAUGAUAAAUUUAAUUACCAAGACAUUAUCGUAUAUUCCAAUGUACAAAAUUUCAGAGUCCCCCUUUUUUUUUAUUUCCUUCUGUUGUCUUUUUAAACGCUCGAAGAAGAAACAUGUGAACAAAAUAAUUAUCCAAAAUUUUAUUAUUAUUUGUAUGAAUUAUAUUGAUACUUUAAAGAAGCGAACGUACACCAGAAGGAGAUGUCGCAUGUGGUUUAGGAGCCUCCAUAAUAGGAGAAGUGAAAAAGUGGAGCAGAAAACAACGGCGAUUGGGCAGAAUUAUAAAAAGUUUGGCGCAUCUCCGGUGAAAAGUACUGGUCGAAAGGUUGUCACUGGGGUUGACUGUACCGUAGAUCGUGCUAUGGCAGGAUCAGGGGGAGUCCCGGGCCUAGCGUCCAGAUCUGGAGCAGCGGGUGUAACAGACAUAACAGGCGUCGCAAACGUAGCAGACAUAACAGGCGCAACAGACGUAGGAGGCGUAGCAGAAGUAAGUGGUCUAACAGAUGUAAGCGGUUUAAAUAGCGUGAUGCCCGUGGGGGGUUCCUCAGUCAAGGAGCAGACGAGUAAAAACUCGAGGAGCAGAAAGGGGAUCAGCAGAAGAGGGUCCAGUAAAAACUCCAGGUCGAAAAGGAACACCCAGAAGGGGGAGGAAGUGGCUACCGAGGAGGUAACUAUGAAGGAGGGAGGAAGGAACGAAGUGACCACCUCUACAGUGGAAAUGGUUCGAACAAUGGAUACACAAGGGAGAGCCGAUGAAGAGGCGAACACCAAACCCAGCAAUAGCUACUACGAGAACAAUUGGAAAAGUGGGCGGAGAAAUAGCGGAAAUCAGAAGAUAUCAGGUACGAUGAGCGGUAUGACGCCGAGUGACUAUCUCCACCCUCAAGAGGUGCUCCUUUUCCAGCGAAACAUGCGAGAAGAGAAAGAAAUAACAGACAAGUUGCUCCUGAACCUGAUUAACCUGUAUAUAAAUUUCAUGUGCUCCUUCCAUUUCUACUACUUAACUUUUUACGAAGACAACUACAGAAUAUUGAAGAACAUUUUAUUUUUAGGCAUAGAUAAGAUACUACAGAAAAAGGCGAAUAAAAAAUUGACUAGCUUCGUUCUGUCUUUUAUAUACAUUUUAAUAUGCCUUCUGUUAAAAGUAAAGAUGAAGGAGGAAUUUAUAUUAACUUUGAGUAGGGACCAAACGAAGGGGCAAAAGAAAAUGCGAAGAAACGAACGGAAGAAAAGCGAAAAAAGAGAAUUUCGAAAAAAAGUGGAACUUAUUAGUGGAAAGAGCAAAAGCAAUGAAAACAAAAUAAGUGAUUUACGAGGAGCGGCAACGAAUGACCAGGGAGAAAAGGAGGAAGAGAAAAAGUUUGUAGUGAAAUAUUUAAUUAACCUUAUAGAUGAAAGAGAACAGGAAAAUGUAAACCAAAUGAAUAAGAAAAAAUUCAGGAAAAAUAUAAGGCAAAUUUUAUGUAUAAAAAAUGAUGAACAUUUAGAGAAUUACAAUUUUUUUCCAAAAAGGUGCUUCUACAAAAAUACAAUGGACAAACAUAUAGAUAAGGUGUUCCAUGUGAAGGAGAAAGGAAAAUUAGCUAUUACAAGUUCGUUAAAUUUGAAAGAAAACUUAAAAAAGUUAAACAAAAUUAGUGUUAAUUUUUCGUAUAAAUUUAUUUUCACUCUUUUAUCGGAGUCCCUAACAUUUGAAAAGAACGACGAAUGGCUCAUCAGUCAUGUUUUUAGGAAAGAUAUGAAGAAAGACACCAACUAUGCGAAAUAUAAUUUUCUUGAUUAUAUUAUAUAUUCAUGUUUUUACACCAUUUUUUGCAAAACGAAAUUCAUUAAAAUGGUGAAGACGAAUUAUCAGAGAGUUUCGCCUGACAUACAAAAUAGCAAAAAAAAUAAGGGGAAUAUUAAAAUGAAGUCGUACAUAUAUAAUGAGAAAAAAUACUCCACUCUGCAAUUUUAUUUGGCCGUUGAAAUCCUGAAUUUAAUUUUUAACAAUUUAAAAUAUCUUCCAUUUAAUUCGAUAAAGUUAAUUAUUGACAUAUUUCUCAACAGAUCAUUUUUAACCGUGUGGAUAGAUGGGAAGAAGGAAGAUAUAAUAAAUAAAUUUCAGAAAUUAUUUCACAAUUUUUUUUGCGAUAUUUUUUAUAUACAAUCUGAGAAAAUUACGCAGUUGCCCUAUUUUAUGUAUCAAUAUCAGAAAAGUAUCUUUCUUAUAAAUUUGGUUCUAAAUGCUGUUGUGUGUAAGAAGAAGAAGCCCGUGGAUAAUUUCCUCCUUCUGGACAUUUUGAAGCACUGUUUUCCCGGGCCUGAUGUUGACAACUAUAAUAAUUCGUCCGAUAAGAAGAACGAAGACAAGCGAGGGAUGGAGCGAUCGCACCGCACGUUGCGGAGCAAAAAGGUGAAUCUCCCUAGUUGA